GGAGAGGGGUGGAGAGGGGUGGAGGUGGUGAGGAGUGAGGAGAGACAGUAAUUUUUUCCUCUGGUCCUGAGGGGUCUCCUUCUCUAUAUAAGGCGCUCUGGGCUGCUCAGGAGUUACACAGCUCCUACUUGCUUCAGGAACACGGCCAACAAGCAGCAGCAGCAGGAGCAGCAGCAGCAGGCUGGUCCUCUCACAAGGGAAUAUUACAGCUCUCUCUCUCUCUCUCUCUCUCUAUCCAAGCAGCUGGAUACCAACUGAGAAAAGAUAAGAGGUUGUGUCUGCGACCCUGACGAGCGACAUCCAAACACAUCGGCCGUCUGCUGUAGUCUGAAAGUUCGACCCAGGAAGCUCAAGUGUCAGGAUGACCUGUGCCGCCGUGACCUGGCUCCUCGUCCUCCCCCUGCUGCUGUUGUGCGUCAGAGACUCGUCUCUCCUCUUCCUCCCCGACUCCAAAGAGCUGAGGCAGCUGCUGAGCCGCUACGAGGAGGGAACAGAUGAGGCCAGCAACACAUCUGGCAAUAGGACCCGCCGAUCCAUCCGCUGGUCGGACCGCGAGGAGAUCCUCCAGCUGCACAACAAGCUGAGGGGUGGCGUCUACCCUACUGCCGCAAACAUGGAGCACAUGGUUUGGGAUGACGAGCUGGAGCGGUCCGCCACUCACUGGGCAGAGGAGUGUCAGUGGGACCACGGACCUCAGGACCUGCUCAUGUCUAUUGGACAGAACCUGGCUGUCCACUGGGGAAGAUACCGCUCUCCCGCCUUCCACGUCCAGGCCUGGUACGACGAGGUGAAAGACUACACCUAUCCCUACCCUCACGAGUGCAAUCCCUGGUGUCCAGACCGCUGCUCCGGGCCCAUGUGCACCCAUUACACCCAGCUGGUCUGGGCGACCACGAACCGAGUGGGCUGCGCCGUGCACGUGUGUCCGAAGAUGAACGUGUGGGGGGAAGUGUGGGAGAAUGCCAUUUACCUCGUCUGCAACUAUUCCCCAAAGGGCAACUGGAUUGGCGAGGCUCCGUACCAGCAUGGCCGCCCGUGUUCCCAGUGCCCGCCAAGCUACGGAGGAGGGUGUAGAAAUAACCAGUGCUACAAAGACUCUCAGCGCUCCGAGACGGAGGACAUGAACGAGGUGGAGAAGCCUCAGGUUCCACUGCCACCUCGCACCACUGCCAAACCUGCCCCCAAACCUAAACCAUCCGCUCCGAAGAAGCCGGUGUCCAAGCCCACCACUCCUAAGAGUCCAUCUUCAGAGACUCCCAUCAGCACUUUUCUCGCUCAGAACAUUAAAUGUGAGACUAGACUGCGAGAUAAGUGUAGAGGCGCAACCUGCAACAGAUAUAAGUGUCCUGCUAAUUGUCUGAAUAAGAAAGGGAAAGUUUGGGGAACUCUCUUUUACAAUGUGCAAUCAAGUAUUUGCAGAGCAGCAAUCCAUUUUGGUGCCAUCGACAACAACGGAGGAGUGGUCGAUAUCACGAGGACGGACAAGUUUCCAUUCUUUGUCCGAGCCACGAAGAAUGGCAUCGAAUCCCUCAGUAAAUAUAAACCCAGUAAUGCCUUUGUGGUGGCCAAAGUGGAAGAGCUGACUGCUGACUGUUACACCACCGUGGCUGAAAUAUGCCCCUUCAAAAAUCCCUCCACACGUUGUCCAAGAAUCCGCUGUCCAUCCAACUGCAAGACUCAGCCGUCUUAUUGGUCACCUGUGGUUGGAAACAACAUUUACACAGAUAGCUCCAGUAUUUGUAAAGCAGCCAUCCAUGCAGGGGUAAUCAGUGCGGACGGUGGUUUAGUGGAUGUUCUGCCACUGGACAAGAGAAAGAGCUACGUUGGAGUCCUGAAAAAUGACAUCCAGUCCGAGAGCAAGAGCAACACGGAGGGAGCCUCUUUCCGAGUCUUUACCGUGAGGGAGUGAGAUUUCGGUGCAGAAGUGCAAAGACCAACAGAGUCACCUGAGCUGCUCUGGAAGAGCAGGAAGUGCCCACAGGUUGGAUCUCCUGGCCUCACCUGUCUCUGUGCCUUCAGUGGAAACAGAACGUCCCAAACAGACUUUUCCUUCUUAAUUCAUAAACAGUACCAACCCAGUAAGAGUUACUGUCCAAUAUCUUGAUGGACUUUUAUUUUUUUUCUCAGCUUUUAAUUCCAGAUAAGGAUAAUUCUUAGACAUACUUAAUCUGUGAAUAUGGAAUGUUUUUAUAUAUUAUGAUGCAUUGAACAGCUGGUGCUGGAAGUUUUGAGUUAGUUUUACAGAAUGUAUUAUGUUUACAUCGAUGUUCUUAUUACAAAUUUUUAAAUUGGUUUUCAUACACGGGAAUGUAUACUGAUCACACUGUAUUUAAUCAUUGUGUACAGAAUAUAUGAUAUUUUGUUUGUUCUAAAAAUGGAGUACCAUAUGUUAACAUUUGUUUAUGUUCAUUCUGAUAUAUUUUCAUGACUUUUUCUGCUCCUCUUCGCCUUCUGCUCUUAAAGAUUUAGAUUGUGAAAUCAAAUCUAAGUCUAAAUUGUACUUACAAAUUAAAUGGCGCGCUUGUUGUGAGUGAGGAUGUAUUGUCGGCAGAACUUGUCAGGCGGAUACAAACAGAGCGGAUACAGGAGACUGUCAGGUAAACGGAAGUGUGUGCAGGCAGCAGGCCCUGCUGGUGAUGGAUCAUGUUUCCCUUGAGGAGGCCAGACAUGUGGAGGUGAUUUAGUGAGGGUGUUACACUGCUAAGUUUGCUGUGUGGUAUAAGAUCGCUUGUGCAGAUGGGUCCUCAGAUCAGUAAGCACGUUAUGGAUGUAUUGAACAAUAAUCACAGGCAGUCGAUGUGUCUAAAAUAACAAGCCUUCAUUUGUCAUUUGAUAUUUAUUAUUGCUUAGGGCUUUUCUCCUUUUUUCAUUUCUCUGUUUUUUUUUUCUGUAAGAUAAAUGAAAAUGCAAAAUUUGUCCUCCCCACCUUAGACAGAUGAAUGUGUCACAUGUUUCAGGUACAAAGACAAUGUUAUGUACAAAGACUAGACCAUAUAUUUGGGGGGGGGGGGGGUGGGUGAAUCAAAUUGCAGUUUAUGCACUUUGGAACAAUUUUACACAAUGCAGUGUGUGCAGAAUAGUGACACCUUUAAUACAUCACUAUACUGGAUUAAGGCACUGUUGCCUUGGUACUGCCCUGAUUUGAACACUUGUUUUACAGAAACACCUUUAGUUUGUUAUGUUGAUUACAUCCGAUGGAAACUAAUGAAACAAAUGUAACAUCCAGUUUGUGCUGCAGGACUGGUGUGUCCAGUUGGGGUCCUUUGACACAAGAUACAUUACGGUACCGUUAAGCCUUUUCCUGGCCAAGAAAACAACUCCCUAAAAACUCUUCCUCUUAUUUCAAACUUUAUCUCCUUAUUCUACCUCAGUCCUAUCGCUACGCUAGGCAUCUUUUCUAUAUGCAAAUUUGUAUGGGAAAUUCAAAAGGUUUUGUAAAGUUAAGGGAACUGUACAUACUUGUUUUGUUUUUGAAUAAUCCUUUUAUGCAGUAAGAUAUGAUUAAAAUGCGUGAAUUUGUCUUAAUGUUCUUAUUUUUAUACAGGUGUAGGAUGGGGGUCUAUAUUUUUUGCACAAUUUUGAAAAUAAAGUAUGACUUACAAAUUCAA